ACCAAAGGGUACCAAGAGCAGCAGCAGCCGAGACAGAAAGCUACAGAAACACACAGAACAGCAGAGACAGAACGCUACAGAAACACACAGAACAGCAGAGACAGAAAGAGACUCCAGAACCAGAAGCCAGAACUCACUCCAGAACUCAACAUGCAACAGCUCCAGCACCUGUGUCUGCUACUCCUGUGCGUGCUGGCCCUGCGUCAGGGCCUGUGUGUGCCCCUGGGUGGCCAGUGUGUGGACGAGAGCUUCUGCACUAGCAGCCUGCAGGAGUACCACGCACAGCUAGUCAGCCUGCCCAACCGCCUCAACGAACGCAGUGUAGCCGCCUGGAACUACGUGGAAAAAAUUGACUUGAACCGGGUGCCUCCGGUCCUUUAUGAAGCCAACUGCCUUGAAAGCCACUCCUGUACGGGUCUGGACAGCACCCUCAGGUUAGAGACCAUCCCCAUCACCCUCAGGAUGCCCGUGCUGAGGAAAAACCCCCGCUGUACCUCCUUCUCCCUGGAGUUCGAGCCCAUUAAUAUAGCCUGUAUAUGCGCCACUUCCAGACAAAGUGGAUUUCUAACUGAUCGAUUCUAAAAUAUUAAAAGUAUUUAUUUAUUUGGGCGAUAAAUGUUGAGGCUAUAAAUUAAGAUUGAAUGUGUGUUUUGAAUGUUGUUGUUUUUUUGACAGUAGGGUAAAGAUUAUUAUUAUUAUUGUUGUUGUUAUUAUUGUUGACAUCACUCAGUAUAAGUUCCAACUCUCAUGUUAGUUGUUUGCCACAAUGACAUCGAAAAUGUAUUGGUCAUUGGUCAAGAAGAAGUCAAUUGUUCCCUUAUCAUCUGCUGAAGGCUUAAAACAGAAAAUAAACUAAUUUUAC